AUGUCGGCAUCUGCAUAUCAUCCAUCUUGUUCUUGCAAAAUGGGCUCAGAAAACGACAAAAUGGCUGUUGUUAAUCCGGAGACGUUGACUGUCCACGGGACCAAAAAUUUGAAGGUACGUGCUCAAAUAUUCUUUGGAAAGCUAGUUCUGGAGCAGGUUGUUGACGCAAGUAUUAUGCCGUCAGUUAGGAUGACGUUACCGAAGUUCGAAUUCUGCGAUAUGGCAGCGAACCCCACCGGAUGGGGACCACUUGGUAAUCCACCUGCUUUGGAUACUUCGAUUCCGUUUCAGCAGUAUAACAAGGCUGAUCGAAUCGGUCGUGUUGCUGAUUGGAUUGGCGUGGACCGCUUCUUCUACCGUAGAGUGAAUGAACGCUACAACGAACGAAUGUAUGGCUCAGCUGCGAAUGCAGGUAGUCAGUUUGACUACGUUCACGGUAUGGACGAGAACAACUUCCAGCUGGUCGACUCGUCGAAGCCCGUUCAACGUAAUCCGCAGCGCAACUACCGCGCACGUCAAUUGCAAUUCAAGAAAUUGCUGCAGAAAGACCAGGAAAGGCGUGAGCAGGCGCUACAGGGACAAAAUCUGAAGAUGAAGCGAAGUAUCGCCAAAGAGCAGCAGCGCGCGUUCAAAAUGUGGCAACGUCGUGGAGGAAAUGCUCGUCAGGGGCAACGUGGUCCUGGAGGACGUUAUCCUGGAGAAAGGCCUAAGGAUCGCCUACCAUCGGUGCAGGUGCGUCCAGAAUGGCAAGUCCUAGAAGAAAUGGACUUUCCUCGUCUUCUUAAACUCAAUUUACCUGGAGUAGGCACUGGAGAAGAUAUUGGCAAACAUCUCUAUGGAACCAUGCACUUCUAUGAUAAGGUAUACUCGUGGGAUAUUGUGGCACAUCGUGUAGGCGAUAAGCUGUUCCUGGAUAAACGAGAUACAGGUGGUAUAUCAAAUCCAGUUGAUGCGUUGACUGUAUCUGAAACGAGUGGUGAUCCACCGUCAUUCGAGGGUGCUGGUAUCAACAAUGCCAAGGAUUUGGCUACAGAAGCGUUGUUCAUCAAUCAAAACUUCCGACGUCAAGUGUUGAAGCGUAAUGAACAUCCUUACGUCAUGGCACAUCCCCGAGCGCCUUUUGAAGAAGAAGGAGGCGAAUCGGGUUGCGGUUAUCGGUAUCGUAAAUGGACUCUUGGAAAGAAUGCCAAUGGCAAGCCAAUCGAAGUUGUUUGCCGCACUGAACAUGAUGGAGUCAUGGCCGGUCCAUCCGGAGAUGUGCAAUUCCUAACGAUAAAAUCAUUUAAUGAAUGGGAUAGUUCUCAGUCAGGCGGAGUUGAUUGGAGAGUAAAGUUAGAUGGACAGAAGGGAGCUGUUCUGGCGACAGAGAUCAAGAACAACAGCUGCAAACUGGCGAAAUGGACAGUGCAGUUGCUAUGGCGUCAACCGCAAGGCAAGUACCUGCUGAUGAAAGAUCCUCAGUCACCUGUUAUACGACUGUACUCACUUCCUGAGGGAACAUUCGAAAGCGAGCAAGAAGAUAGCGAUGGGCAAGGAGGAGAUUCGGACGACAAUUGA